UUUUGCUCAUUCUCGUUAGGGCAGUUAACAAUCAGCACUUCAAUCGGGGCAGUGCAUGCGGAAACGGAAAUGAAGUGAAUCGUUUGCCGCGGUCUAGCGUAUCAGUGUGCGGAAAUGCGAACAACGGACGGAUGCAAAUGGGCGAUUAUGUAGACAGAUAGACGAACUUGGUAGUUAUCGCGCGGUGUUUUAUUAUGAAUCUAUACAUUAAUUAAGUAUCGCCUAGGAAUUAUGGAAGUGGCAAGAGCAACACUAUCACGAUUGCCCGGGUUCGUGCACUGCCUAGCAAUGGCGAUACUCAUCGAGCAGGCGGGGUAUGCGCUGUCGUCGGAAAAUCUUCAGAUGCCCAACUUUCUGCACGAGCUUCCGUCGAGCGUGCUGUUCAGCAACGACACCGGCAACGCGCAGCUCGUCUGCCAGGCCUACGGCGGUCCGCAAAUGAUCAUCCAGUGGAUACUGAAGGACGGCAGCCUGGUGAGCAGCGUGCCGGGACUGAGGCAAGCGCUACCGAACGGGACACUCUACUUUCCACCGUUCGCUGGCCAUCUCUUUCGGACGGACGUGCACGAUACGACCUAUCGGUGCCGAAUCAGCUACUCCUACUACGUACUGCUGAGCCACGAUAUCCGGGUACGGGCAGUGGUACGGCAACCGUACGAGGUGAAGGUGGAGAACGCCGAUGUGACGCUCGCAAACACGGCCUUCCUGAAAUGUUUCGUCUCGUCGCACGUGCGGGAAUUCGUCCAUGUGUCGUCAUGGUUCAGCGAGAAGGAAAUGCUGCUACCGGGCCGUUCCGACAUUGGCACACGGUACGUUGUCACAACGCCCGGCGGAGAGCUGUGCGUACGGAACGUCAACGAGGAAGACAGAUUGAGGCGGUUCUCAUGCGUAACGGUCGACACGCUGACGGGCGAGCGCAAAACAAGCGACGCCAUCCUGCUUACACUGAAAGAUAGCGCACCGAACAUGGCACCAUCCACCAGCCAAAAGUCAGUCAGUGAGCUCACCGUCGGCAAGGGAAGCAGCGUGCAGUUACCGUGCAAUGUCCAGGGAAAUCCCGUUCCCAGCUUCUCUUGGUUUCGCAUCUCGGACACCGGAUCGUUAUAUACCGUGCCGUCCUCGCAGCGGAUCGUGCCAUCGCAGUCGCUGCUAUUCAUCCGUAACGUCGACGAACGGGACGCCGGAAGAUGGAUAUGCAAAGCGUUCAAUCAGUUCGGCGAACAGAAGCUGGAAAUCCAUCUCACGAUCAGCAACGAGCUCGUGGCACACAUCCAUCCACAGAUACAGAUUAUCAACUCGGGCAAUUCGGCACUGCUCAACUGCUCCAUCUUCGGCAGCGAGGUGAACAAAAUUGAAUGGUUUCACAACGGACAGGAGCUGUUUGCUAAUGGUCGAACCGAACGCAGCAUGAGCCUGCUGUCGGCGAGCACACUAAAAAUUGAUAGGGUAAGCAAGAAGGAUCAAGGAAUUUAUCAAUGCAUUGUGUCGAAUGCACGCAGCAGCGCUCAGGGCAGCUCGGAAUUGAAGCUCGGAGAAAGCCCGCCGGAGAUAAGCUACGGGUUCGUGGAGCAGAAUGUGCGCGCCGCUGCGUACAUCUCAUUGAAAUGUUCGGCCGCCGGUUCGCCGCCACCGCAGUUUGUCUGGCUGCUCGACUACCAGCCCAUCCUGGACGUUUCAUCGCUGCACCGUUACACGAUGGAUCAAUUCCUCGACAUCAACAGUCACGUAACGACACACCUCAACAUCAGCCAUGUGCACAGCGAUGACGGUGGCCUGUACACCUGCGUCGCAUCCAACAGCAUGGGUACGGCAUCGCACAAGGCCCGCCUCAACGUGUACGGCCCACCGUAUGUACGUGCCAUCGGACCCAUCACGGCUGUUGCUGGCGAGCCGAUCGAGAUGCAUUGCCCCUUCUCGGGCCACCCCAUCCAGUCCGUGCGUUGGAUACGGGGCGGAAAUGAACUGGUUUCCGGGCCCCGGCACAGUGUGGCGGACGUUAAGCAUGGCGGAUAUUUGAAAAUUUAUACCGUCGACCCGGCCCAGGACCGGGGACCGUACACGUGCAUCGUGACCGGUCCGACCGGCGAUGAAGGGCGCAGGGAGCUACAAUUAGUGGUACACAGUCCACCCGUCAUCGAGCCGUUUGCGUUUCCGAAAAUCAUGAAAGUUGGUGGCCGGGCACAGCUGACCUGCUCGGUGUCGGCCGGCGAUAUGCCGAUCUAUUUCAGCUGGAAAAAAGACGGCUCCCCGAUAGCGCAGGAUUUGCAUGUCAGCGAGAAGAAGGAAGAGUUCUUCUCGCUGCUGGUGCUGAAGGACAUUACGGCGCGGCACAGCGGACGGUACAGCUGCUUCGCCACCAACACCGCCGCCCAGACCAACUACACGGCCGAGCUGCUGGUGCAGGUGCCACCGUCCUGGACGCAGGAACCGCACGACAUUGCCGUGGUGCUCGGGUAUCCGAUCGCGCUGCCAUGCGAGGCGGAUGGGUUCCCGCUGCCGAAGAUAACGUGGUUCCGGGGUAAGGGCAAGCUGUCCACCGACUUCCAUUCCAUACCGUCGAAGAACAACUCGCUGAGCAUCAAUUAUGCCACGUCGCCGGAUGCCGGCUACUAUAUGUGCGAGGCGGCGAACGGGAUUGGCAGCAGUCUGAAGAAAAUCAUCCACAUCGACGUGAACGAGGCGGUCCAUUUCGAUGCGCCGGUAAAGAACGUGUCCGCCCGCCGGAACGAUGCCGUUAUGCUGGAGUGUCUGGCGCUCGGCGAUGAACCAAUCAACAUCAUCUGGACGCACAAGAACCAGCGGAUCGAUUUCAACAACUAUCGGUAUAACAUUAUCGAAAUGAAGGAGAGUGUUGGCGUGCGAUCGCAAUUAUCGAUUAGCCUGACGGAGCGUUACGAUUCCGGCAAGUACGUCUGCACGGCGGAGAACCUUUACGGGACGAGCGAGCAUGUGAUAUAUUUGGCGGUGCAGGAGCGCCCGGAUGCACCGUCCGACCUGGAGGUGAUGGAGGUGUCGAGCCGUCAGAUACGGCUUUCGUGGAAACGGCCGUACGAUGGCAUGUCGCCGGUGUUGAGCUACCUCGUCCAGUACCAGCCGGUGCGGUUGGGGAAGGACCCGGUACAGGACACGCAUCGGGCCGGCACGGAUAGCACGAUGGCGAUGUGGGACAGUCCGCUGACGGUAAACGUCACCUUCUCGAAGGUGAACAUGAUCAAAAGUAGCAUCGACGGUGGCGUGAGGGAUGAAACGAGCAUCGGGGGUCUGUUCCCGGCCACACAGUACCUGCUACGCAUGUUGGCCAUUAAUGAGAUUGAGUGUUCAUCGUUUACGAGUCCGCUGGUGGUGCGUACGCAGGAAGAGGCACCGAGCGAAGCGCCCGGUGGGCUGAAAGUCAAAACCGGCGCCAUGGGCGAACUCGUGCUCACCUGGCAGAUACCGGGCCGGGCGUCCUGGAACGGGGAGCUGCUCGGGUACACGGUCAGCUGCGUGGAGGAGAAAACCAACAUCAACUUCAUCGCCAGCCCGAGCAACAUCUCCAACACGACGCUGACGGUGCACGGAUGGGCGACGACGAAGACAAGCAUCGCGAACCUGAAGAAGUUCACCCGGUACGCGUUGCGCAUCCGCACGUACAACAGCAUCGCACCCGGACCGUGGAGCACGGUCGUGUACGGCACCACGUCGGAGGAUGCACCGGAGGCGGAACCGCAGAACGUCUCCUGUUCCAGCCUGUCGUCGCAAAGCAUCAAGGUGCUGUGGCAGGAACCACCGCCCCAGUUCCAUAACGGUGUGCUGCAGGGCUACAAAAUCCUCUACCGGCCGCUCACGAAGAACAACGAGUUCGUAUAUCCGUUCGAAAUCAAGCGCACAUCCAACCUGGAAACGUAUCUUCACGCGCUGAUGAAGGCGACCAACUACUCCAUCCAGGUGCUAAGCUUCACCCUGUCGGGCGACGGUGUGGCCAGCGUACCGGUGUACUGUGCGACCGAGGAGGACGUUCCCGAAGCACCCGCUGGCAUCAAAGCGCUUACCUUGACGGCAGAUUCGAUUCUGGUAUCGUGGUUACCGCCCGCUCAUCCGAAUGGCAUCAUCACGCAUUACACGGUGUACGGCAAGGACCACGGCAAGAAAGGCUCUCCAAAACAUAACAUCGUGCGCGUGGACGAAACGGGACGACCGUCCAUGUUUGAGGUGCGUGGGCUGAGCGAGAACAACAAGUACGACUUCUGGGUGACGGCCUCGACGGUGAAGGGAGAGGGCGACCCGACGAUGGUGGUAUCGCAAACGACCAAUACACGGGCGCCGGCCAAAAUUGCGUCCUUCUCGCGACUGCUCAAGGUGCCGGUCGGGGUGAGCCUCGUGCUGGAAUGUGUCGCCGUCGGUAACCCGACGCCCCGCACUCGCUGGCUGACGAAGGACCAGGCCGUCACCUUCAGCCAGUAUUACGUCAUAUCGCAAGGGUUUCUCAAGAUACAUAGCGUCGAGCCGCCGAUAGCGGGUAACUUCACCUGCUCCGCCAAGAAUCUGUUCGGCGAGGACGAGAUACACUACAUGCUGAUAGCGCUGCAGACACCGAACGUGACGCAGCUCUCGAUCCAGUACACGUCGUUCGACAGUUUGCGCGUUACGUGGGAGGUUGCCAGCGAUGGGGGUGCACCGAUCCAGGGGUACAAUCUGUACUAUCGCACGACUAGCGGGACGUGGUCGAACGUGGCGAUACCGAGCGACCAGAUGGCGUACACGCUGAACGGUCUCAAGUGCGGCACUCAGUACAUUCUGAAGAUCAACGCACACAAUAAGGUGGGCGUUGGAAUGUUUACUGAGGAGUUGGCCGUGCGCACCAAGGGAAAAGCUCCACACAUCCCGGAAGAGCGUGAACUGUUCAACACCAACUCGAGCUGCCUGAACCUGUUCCUCACAUCCUGGCUGAACGGGGGUUGCCCAAUAUCGCACUUUUCCAUCGAAUAUCGUCGCCUGCACACCCCAUUCUGGACGAUAGUGUCGUCGGAUCUUUCCGGCAGCGAUCAGCACACGAACGGCAGCAUCUCGUUCUGUGACUUUGUCCCAGCCACCUGGUACGAGCUGAAAAUCACCUCCAACAACGAUGCGGGCAAAACGAUGGCCCAGUACAACUUUGCCACGCUGACGCUGCUGGGUGAAAAGAUUCCACCGCCGGAGUAUAAAGCGAUCCCGGAGGAGAACAACGAUACGGAUCUGCUGCAGCAGGACGAGUUCCAAUGGUUACAGUCGACGGUGAUGGUUGUCACCAUCAUUGUGGUCGUUUUAAGUCUGGUCGUUGGGGCAAAGUAUCGGGGCGUGCUGUGCUUCACCAACAACUCCGAUCGGUACAGCACGCAAACACUGUCCGCCGAUCUGAGCAUGAAGGAGCAGUCGGAAAAUAUACGCAACCAGCAGGUGUACAGUGCAUCACCGGUGAAGGUGAUCAACAAGGAGGAGAGCGCGGAGAUGUACGAAAUUUCACCGUACGCCACGUUUAACGCGAGCACCGGCCGGUUGUGCAAGGAGCCCCGAAGCUUAAACCCGUCGAACAUAGACUAUUCGCUGCAGUUUCGCACCUUCGGACACCCGGAGUGUGAUUUGAAUGCCACUGCCUAUCCGCUACUGGAGAAUACCGGACACAUGCCAGGACAUAUCAAGGGCAAAUCGAGCUGGCACAAGCAACAGUUUUACAACACGGAGGAGACCCCAAUCAAUAUGCCAAGUUCAACGAAAUCAAUCGCUUCCAAAUGGGACGACGGUGCAUUGCGACGCAUGGGUCAACGUAAUUUCGGUCCCAGCAACUACUCCGAGUCGGACAGUAGCAGCCCUAUCAACGAAUUCUCGAACGCACCCACCUUUAGGAUACCAUCGAAAACACCCUGUUCAAAUAUACUGCAUCAUGAAUCUAGUACGGAAUCCAUCAAAGAACUGUCGCCGGUGAGGGAUCAUCGUGCCAAUACGCCCCGCCACGUGCAGGCUACGUCGAAAGGCCAUUUUGGGCAUCAGCUACGGACAAAGGACAAUCAUUGCCUCGAUAUGCAACCAUCUUCAAGUACGCACAGAUACCACAAUAAAACCUACGUGACAGCGGCCGAGUUUAGCGAAACGGAAAGUGAUCGCGAGCGGGCACUAGAUCUCGAGGUACAGCGUGCCAUGGAAAAGGCUAUACGGCAGGACGAGUGCAAGUCGUCGAUGAGAUAGAACGAAACCGAGUACAUUUCCAGCCAACCGACACACACACUCUCUCUAUCUCUAUCUCUCUCUCUCUCUCUAUCUAUCUUUCUCUGGUCUAUGAUGAUUGAAGAAAUGUCCUUUCGAUCCUCGUAUCCCGUUCCGUAUCCGAUCCAAUUCGGUAGUGGAUAGUAUCAAUACCGAUCCCUUUAUCCCUCCAUUCCACGGCCAGACUCAUCAACCCAUCGUCAGCAGUGUAGUUGACCCGUAGUGUAGAGCAAACUAUUGUCGUUAUUGUAGCACAAUACCCCCGCAUCAUGAGAUUUUUAUAUCUUCAUUAUAGUUGAAUAAACGGUUUUUGUUUUACAUUGAAUGUAAA